GAUCCCUUUUUAAAUGAUAUUUGGGAUAACUAUAAGUUAGAUAAUUAUUUGAAUGUGAAGGAUGGUCCUCAUAUUUUAUCAUUAUGCAGUAGUUUUCAUCGUUCUCUCGAUAACUUUGCAACGGAAAAAAUAGAUAUUUGCACAAAACUUUUAAGAAAUUUGAAGGUGGAAAAUAAUAGGGAUAUAUCAAGGGAGGACGACGUUUCUAAAUACUGUUACUAUAUAUUAUAUUGGUUAUAUUAUAAAAUGAAGGUAGAUAAUAUUCCUAAUGAUAUUAUUCACAAUAUACUAGAUGAAUCAAAUAAAAUAAUAAAACGAGAAAAAGAUGCUUUCCUUGACUGUUCUUCAUACAUGUUAAAGGAUACCUUGGUUGAACCAGAAGACUUAGUAAUGUUAAGAAUAUUUACUAAUAAUAUUGAUGUGACUAAAGAAAUAUUGAAAAAUAGAUGUGAAUCUAAAAUAUGCUAUUGUAAAAAAUUUAUCAAACCAUUUGUAGAUUCAUAUAGAUAUAUGAAUGAAUUAUGUCCAUAUGGUAGGAUUACGGGGACCAAUAUGAGUACCUGUCUUGCAGUAACAUCGUUUAAAACACAUUAUGAGGAAAAACUUUCUGAGGAAAAGGAAAAAUAUAAAUUACCAGUAUUAUCUUCUAGUAAUGACAAAAAUAUAAUUAUUGAAGAAUGCAUGUCGGAGACAAAUGGAAAUGAAUUAGAAUCACUUAAUGGUGACCAAAUUGUUAAUUCUGCAUCAUUUACAGUACCUUCAACACUAACGGAACCAGCAGGAAAAACAGUCUCUACAACUCUUGGAACAAUAGCUGGAGUAUCAUCCUUUUUGACGCUUUUAUAUAAGUUUACUCCAUUAGGUUCAUGGAUAAAUACAAAAAUACUACGGAAGGAUAAAUUAUUAGAUAAUAUGAAAAAGAACGAAAGAGAAUUUCUAAUAAACAGUGCACAUACUGGGGAUAUAAAUUCAGGAGAUAUGAUAUAUCACAUAAAAUAUAAUUCUGUAUAA